CACUAGAUGGCGACAGAGCCCCAGAUGCAGCUAGUCUUCAUACACUGCCUGAGUGCUAAGUGCUUUCAGAUCUCUGCUGGUCCAAAACUUAGGAAAGAAACUGCCUGUUGAUGCUCGGCUGGUCGAAGGAGGCAGCCACUGCUCCGGCAGGCUGGAGAUGAAACAUCAGGGAGAAUGGAGAGUUCUGAACAUCGAGGAACAAGAGACCUGGAUUAAUAUCAGGUACGCUCAAGUGGCAUGCAAGCAGAUGGGUUGUGGUUCUGUAGUUUCCAUAGCACAAAGCACCAACAACACUAACCAGCAACCAGCAUGGGAGGGUCAUUUCAUCUGCAGAGGCGAUGAGUCAACCCUGAAGGAGUGUGACAGCACCAGAACUAGAAGAAGAGUGCAGGGAAAACGUACUUCUGCCUACAGUCUGGAGGUGAUCUGCUCAGAGUCUGUGAGGCUCCUUGGACAAUCAAAUGUUUGCGCAGGCCAUGUGGAGGUGAAGUCUGAUCGACGCUGGAUCUCAGUGUGUCAGGAUGGUUUUAAUUCUGAGGCUGCAGAGGUGGUCUGCAAGCAGAUGGGCUGUGGACCUCCAGAUGAUUUUAUGGAAUCACAAGGGAAAGAGAAAGGACUGGUCUUAGGCAAACAGUUCCAGUGUAAAGGCAACGAGUCUCGUCUGGAUUACUGUGCCAGUUCAGUCCACAACAACUGCACACCAGCUUCUGCAAUUUCAUGCAGUCUUCCUGAUGUGAGACUUUGGGGAGGAGAAAAUCACUGUAAAGGCACACUGCAGGGAAACUCUGAUGGAGAGUGGAGGCCCCUGGCUGAUGUGUGGCAUAUGUUGAUGCCACAACACUUUUCCGACAUUUGUAGGAAGGUGGACUGCGCAGAUGUCAUCUCAUAUUCAAUGAACCAUCUUCCGCAAAGUCAACCUGCAUGGGAGGUGUCAACUGACUGUGACGAGACUUCUUCUUCUAUUUGUAAACCAUGGAGAAGCAGACAUUCGGCCUCAGUCAUUACCGUUACCUGUUCAGAGGCAGUGAGACUCGUAAAAGGGUCCAGCAGAUGCUCGGGCCAGCUCGAGGUGAAGUCUGGUCAGUCGUGGGUUUCAGUGUGUGAGGCUUUCUUCAACUCAGAGGCUGCACUGGUUACCUGUAGAGACCUUGACUGUGGGUUUCCUCAUACUUACUAUGGGAAGAAGUCUGGCAGCCAUUUUCAAAAUACAGAUCCUGUCUUUGCGUGUGAUGGCACAGAGAAGCGUCUUAUGGAUUGUCCCUCCACUACACUCAAUGCCACAGAAAGUGAAUGUCACAGUAUUUACUUGACCUGCACAGCACUUCCAACUGAGCCUCACAUCUCAGUGCAUGUCCAAGACCAACUGUGGGACCGCCCACAGGUAUUGAAGGGUCAACGCUUUGCCAUCUCAUGUGGAUUCUCUUCACCUUACAAAAUACGCUUCUUCCGCCUAAAAUCUGCCGUUUACACUGGACACCAAACUGAGCAGAUCCUGCCAGCUGUCGAUGGCAGAGCCAUCUUCAUGUUUCCUGCUGCAGGGGAUGUCCACCGAGGGACAUAUGAAUGCUCUUAUGUCUUUGAUUUCAGUCCAGGAAUAUUCUCUAAGUCACAUGCCAUCUUUGUCACGGUAAAAGAGCACAAAGAUGUGAGGCUGGUGAAUGAAGCUGCUCACAGCUGUGUUGGCAGAGUGGAGGUGGAGCAUCAAAAAGAGUGGAGACCAGUGAGCUACCGGCGCUCGUGGAGUCUGAAGGAGGCGACUGUGCUGUGCAGACAGCUCAGCUGUGGCUCUGCUGUCUCAACCUCUAAGCUAGACAACUCAGCUGGACUCCUGCCUGUGUGGCGCUUUUACUCUGACUGUGACGGCUCUGAACAAGCGCUGAUGGACUGCGGGACAGUCGACAAGUGGCUUACCUCUUCCACUGUUGAAGUGGUCUGUUCAGACAUCCUGCUUCAGCCAAAUAUCUCUGUUCCUUAUGUGAGAAAGCUCUCCGAUGACCAGCAGGGUGUGCUGCUCUUCAAGGGCCGCAGCUUCAUCAUCAACUGCUCUGUGGAGGCACAAUACCCCGGAGGUCACUUCAGCGUCAUCUUCACCGGCCUCAACCAAACCCGCAGCUACACCAAAGCAGCUGUCAAUCACUCGGCGUACUUCAGUUUUACUGCUGCAGACAAGUCCCUCCAGGGGAACUACAGCUGCGUUUAUCACAACUUUGUUUUCAAUCAUAACUUCUCUGCUGAGAGUCAGAACCUCUCACUCACUGUCUUUGAUACUGAAGACGUGAAGUUGCAUGACGGAGUGCUCAGAGAAGACGACAGAAAGGUCUGUGCCGGCAAACUGUUGGUGUUUCGUGAUGAGUGGCUGCCGCUGAGCGCAGAGUCCACAGUCUGGGACCUGAAGCAUGCUUCUCUGGUGUGUAGACAGCUGGGCUGCGGUUCUGCUGUUUCAACCAGAGAAAUCAGUCUCCACACAAAUGAAACUAUGUUUCGUUUUUUCUCUGACUGUGAUGGUUCCGAGUCCGCCCUGCUAGACUGUGGAACCAUGAAGAGUUGGUUUUCCUCUUCUGCUGUGGAGGUGGUGUGCACAGGUGAUUAGAGGGGCAGCAGGCAAGAACUGAGAACAUGAAGGUGGAAUCUUCUUCAGUCCUAAUCCUGAGGAGGCAGACAGAGACACGGCAAGAACCUUAAGAUACUUACAUCUACAUUAGUGUGGCAUCAGGAGAAUUAAAUGUUUUUAUUUACUUAUGCUGGGACAAAAUGCAGCUUGAUUAUUCCCGGGCAGUAGACUGUACUUCUUUGUUUUAACGUGGACUAACUGUACCUGAAAUCUUUCCAUGUGAAUAACAGUGAUCUGCUAACAGUGUAAUCGCUUCGAACCCAGUGUGAAGGUUUUAUUUCGCUUAAAAAAAGUUUGCUUGAUUAUUAUCAGUCGUAUUUCCUUUUCAGCGUAUUUUGUAAAGCAUUUUGAAUUUCAAAUAAACA